AUGGCAUACUGCAAGACGGAGCAGGAUGACUGGCUGCUGGCCCACCUAAAGUACCUGCUCUUCAUCUUCAAUUUCUUCUUCUGGGUAGGCGGGGCAGCUGUCAUGGCUGUGGGCAUCUGGACACUGGUGGAGAAGAGCGGUUACCUCAGCAUCUUGGCUUCCAGCACAUUCCCUGCCUCUGCCUACAUCCUCAUCUUUGCUGGUGCUCUUGUCGUGACAACUGGCUUCCUAGGCUUCGGGGCCAUCAUCCGGGAGCAGAAAGGCUGUCUCUCCAUGUAUUUCUGCCUGUUGCUGGUCAUCUUCCUGGUGGAGCUGGUUGCAGGGGUCCUGGCACACGUAUACUACCAGAGGCUGAGUGACGAGCUGAGGCAGCACCUGAACAGCACCCUGACUGAGCACUACGGGCAGCCAAGGGCCGCAGAGAUCACAGCCUCGGUGGACCGGCUGCAGCAGGAUUUCAAAUGUUGUGGCAGUAACAGCUCGGCCGACUGGCAACACAGCACGUACAUCUUGUCUCGGGAAGCCCAGGGUCGCCGGGUGCCCGACAGUUGCUGCAAGACAGUGGUGGCACGCUGUGGCCAGCGGGCCCACCCCUCCAACAUCUACAAGGUGGAAGGAGGCUGCAUGGCCAAGCUGGAGCAGUUCCUGGCUGACCACCUGCUGCUCAUGGGCGCAGUGGGCAUCGGGGUGGCCUGUCUCCAGAUCUGCGGGAUGGUUCUCACCUGCUGCUUGCACCGAAGGCUCCAGCAACACUUUUAUUAAAGGAUGCCCCUGUAGCCUGCCGACUGCCCCACACAAGGGCCCACAUUCCCACAUCCUGAACCAGGCCUGCAAAGUCAGCAGCUGGGUCAUGGACUCCCCCGACCCUAUGAAGAGCCCACCAAGUGCCUGUGAUUGGGGCUCCUGUGCAUCCCACCUGGGCAGGGUCCUCGGCUCACUCCUCCAUUUAUAAGCACUCAUUUCUGCCAGAAUCCUUGGCAAGGAAUGGUCCUGGCAAGAGGCAGCCAGAGCCCUUUGCCAGGCAUGGGGCACUGUAGACUACAGGAGUGCCUGAGCCUGGAACAGAGGCUGCCAGAUGGGUCCUUCAAGACUCUUGUAAGGCUUGGUGUUCGAUUCCCACUGGCAUGGGGUCCCAGCCAGCUCUCCUCAGAGGAAGGCACUGCUUUGGGCAGGCUGGGUUAGCUAGUUAGCUCUAGCCAGUAAGCUCUAGCCAUGUCCUUCCCAUAGGGCCUAGGACAACAGUGACCUAAGAUGGGUCAGCUUAAGGCCAGGCUGUUGGAGCCACCAGGACACAGCACUAAGGAGGCAGGCUGGUUACAGUAGGGUGUGUGGCGCCUGAGAGACACAUGACGAUCACAAGUCCCAGCCCCCAGUGAUACGUCUUGUCCCCAGUCUUGACUCCCAGACUUUAUGCCAGGUUUAAAAUGUUAGUGAAUUAAAACUUCACCAGUGGACCACACCUCGGGCUGGUAAGUCAGAGCUGCCGAGGAGAGGAAGCUGUGAGGAAGGAGGUACUCUGCCUGCACCCCAUUUCCCGGUGCCUCCGAAACCACAGUUUCCCUUCCACUAUGUUCUCUGCUUCCUUCAGUAUUACGGAGUAGACACCGUUCUCUCCUUAGCUUUGAACGAAAUAGAGACUAUUCAGGAAAAACUCCCAAUGUGUUAAAAGAGACAGAAAGAAAAUCCUAGGAAAAUUAGAGGUUGGGAGUAGGUAUCAACUCAGAGACAACCAUAGGGUCCCUUCUCCAAUGAUGUUUACUUUGGACAGCUUUGCACACCAGGACUCCAAACCAUCUUCAGCUCCUCUAGGGUCCUGCUCAUCUCUCCACAAUAACAAACCUCAGCUCCCAUAUGAACCAGUGGCCUCUUGUUGACCAAAAGUGCUCACAACUUGCCUUCAACCUGACCCAGUUCUUACUACACUGCACUGGAUCCUGCUGAGGAGCUGGGCCAGUUGUUGUGGGGAGAAGAUGAACUCCCAGUCAUACAUGGGUGGACCAAGGGCCACUGGUCGCUGUCACCAGCAUAGGUCUGAAAUUCCCUUCUCAGGGCAGGACAUAGUUGCACUGACAGAGGGAACAUCAGGCUCUCACCGGGUCAGCCUCCUCCACUCUGGGAUUCUCCAGGGGCUAUGUGGAGCCCAGGCAGGUUUAUGCCAUCUGCCUGAAGGGCCCUGUGUUGUCUGUACAAAGUCGAUAUAAAAAAAAGACACUCCCAACAAUCCCAGACUAUACUAGGAACAAGAAGAAAGUCUUAGCUACCCUCCACCUUCCCAGAUUCUUGCAGAUAUUCCAAGACUGGCUUUGAUCUCCAGGAUUAUAGAUUCUACAAGACUCAUAUAGAGGGGGGUUGAGGGGAAAAGGGUGUGGGGCCCAAACCAUGUUCUUCCAAAAGAGGCACUGAGGGAUAUGACAGUAUAUAAAGGGAUACUGUGGCCUUGGGCAUCUGCUUUGGUAGGUUUCCUUAAUCCUCAGGGAGAUAAGGACAGAGGUGACAAGUGGGGACCAUUUGUACAGCCUCAAUGCAGAGGCAGUCCAGGAGAGCAUGGCUCACUGACCCCAGUCAGAGCUGCAGAGUGAGUGGACAGCCCCAAAUGUGACUUCUUUGAUCAAACAGCCUUGGUGACAAGAUGAGGUUAGAGGACAUGAAACACAUAGUAGGCCAAGUUCGGUCCAGUAGCUGCCAAGGCUGGAGCCAACGAUGGAAUCUGUAGUGAGUUGUCCAUCAGAUCUAUGCUCAGGAUAUUUCCUCCUAUUUAUCCCCAGGGACAGGUCCCUAUUCAGAGACUGUCACUCUGAGUUCCCUAGAGAGCGGGAAGGACAUACCUACAGAAUGUCAUCCUUAGUCCUGGGUCAGCACAAACAUACUGGGAUCCCACAGCAGGCCCUCAACUUGACAUAGCUGAAGCCAGCAUAUCCUCACCCUGAGCAAGAAUCACCUUUCCCUAAGCUCAAAGUGGCCACCUAAAAAAAUCCAGCAUGCCCCCAAAUCCCCCAGGUGGCCAGUGUUUGGGGAACAAGGGUGAACCUUAGCCUAUGAUAAGGAGAUGUGGCGUCUCCAUGCAUUUGUCCCCUUCCCUCAUCACCUCCCAUAGCAACUCUGGCCAUGGCUUUGGAAAUGCUCACCGAGGACCUGUCUAUGUCUCCUUCAAUAUGUUAUCCAUAUUGACACCAGUGGGAUGUGCUGUAGUCCCCAUUCUGCAGAUGAAAAAACUAAGGCUUGGUCAAGUUGAACAUCAUUGGUGGUGGCUGACAGGGAACCAGCCAGGUGGGCCCAAAGAAAGCAGGAGUGGAAGCCCCUCUCCCCUAGCUGUCAGGUUGGCAUCCUAGAUGGUAUGACCAAACAAGGACAGCCUUAACACGACCCAGGUUGAACAGAACCGCCCAGCAUGUCCAAUGCCAGCAGCUUCUUGCAUUCACAGUUGAAGCAGACAUUUCAUUAUUUCAGAAUGGCAAGGCCCUAUGGGGAAGCUAAGGAGGCCAGAGCUCCUAGGAAUGGUCCAGGCCACACAGGGCAGGGAGGCUUUCCAGCCAUUAUAGUGAGAGCAGGGGCUGCUGUCUUUAGUGCUCAGCCUCCAUAGAGAUGGGAACCACACCCUGUGAAGAUGAUUGGCUGGGAUGUGAAAUGCCUCUCCCUGCCCCAUAAAGGAGGUCAGGAGAGAAGCCCAGAUUGUAUCCACUCUUAGUCACCCCAGGCAUGAGGGUGCCCUGGCUGGUGAUGCUGAGGAGCCUCCCUCUCAGGCAAGUCCGUCUCUGUCUUCUUAACCCCACCCCCAAUCCCCUAUAUGAAACAUUUGUUGUUUCUGGUCUCUAGAGCGGACACAGGGUGACUUCUGUCUUGAGCCCUCUCACCCUUCGCAUGAUCAUAGAAGGUUCAUCCCCGAAAGGUACUGACUUUAGGGAGGACAUGCUGCAGGUCAGUGUGGUGGGCCACUGUGAGCUUAGAACCUCCCACUCUGGACAGCAUCCAAGGUUUUCAAGUCAAGGGAAUGAGUGGACCAGAUAAAACCCUACCUGCUUUGAAAAUGCCCUCUGCCCAUUGGCUCUACUGGGCUAGGGCAAAGAGGCAAGAGGAGGGAGGGCAGCUGAAGCUGUUCAGAGAAAAAGCAGCCAUCUUUGUGACCGCCCGGCGGCACUUAGACUCUCCAUGGCUGGUGAGAUGUGUCUUACACCUGCUCUCCCCUCAGCACCUCCAAGGGAGCCUUCAGAAGAGGGUGCGGCUUUCCCACAGUUGCUCUAAGAGAGGCCAGAGCCAACAGUUGGCAUGCCUGCUAAGUUCCCAGGUGGUGGAGAUGCCACCGACUGGCAACCCCGCCAAACCACAGUGUGGACCACACAAGGACACUGCUACCUUCCUUAAGAUGUCACAGCCCUCAAGGGUCAAAAGCCAUUCAAGCCAUCUGGCUUGAGUCACACACAGAGCUGCUUGAGACUGUUCCCACUGGGGGGGUUGAAGCCAACCACUCAGUGGUUUACAACCAGUCAUGUGCAUGGCUGGCACUCCUGCCCCUACUGAGCAUGCUUGGCACUCCUGCCCCUACUAAGACUAUGACUUUGGCCAGUAGGAUAGAUGCCCCUUACACUCCCAGAUCCCACCUUCUUCUAUGUGCCUUGGGGUGGCCCUGCUGUGUCCUGGUCACUCUAGCUGGAUAUCAAGCUUCCCCCAUUCUUCCCCUCCCGUUUGUAUACCUGUGAAAGCUGCUCCUGCCCAGUACUAACAGAAGUUCCAGAGAGCCCAUUGUUAGGAUUCCAGACAGGCUCCUGGGUCUAGUUGGCCCAUGGAUGUGGGACAUCAGCUACUCUACAAAGACAGAAAUUGCCUUCCCCUACUGCCUAACCACGAAACUCCAGAUGUGAGAUGCGCCUCUCCACUGACCUCAACAUAAGCCCAGUGCCUUGUGCUACCAGACUCGGUAACAAAGGACUUGUACCAGAGUGCCUUCUGCUGAUCCAGGGUUGCGAGGAGAUCCCAGGUCCUCUGUUCACCAAAUGCACGGGGUCCCCCACUGAAGCCUCUGUCUUGGUAAUGGUUUCCCUACAGUGCUCACUGACUGCAGCCAUCAGGAGCUAUUUUCCCCUCA